CUUUAUCUUGAAAUGGAACCUUUUUUUUCUGAUUCUCAAUUCUUUUUGUUUGUUAAGCUUAAGUAACUGUUUAGUCAUAGAGGCAUCAAUGCUUUAAAUCAUCCGAGGAUUACUUGAGCAUAUAAAUAUUUGUUCUCGGAAGAACACCUGUAAUUGGGCUUAAUAGUAAAGCUUUACAAGAGAUUGAAUGAGUCCGAGUAGAUUUUCGAUAAUCCACUCAAAGACUCUACUUGCAUGUUUAGAUCGCAGUCGAUAAAAAGGGACGAAACCUGACAUAAUUAUGUCUUAGAAACAGAUAUAAAUAAUCAGAAAACACGAAAAGAGAUCUUUCUUAAUUACAUUUUAUUAUCAUGAAAUAUAUCUUGCCACUUUCUUUAGCCUGUCUUUUCAUCAGUGGGAAUGAAGCAUUAGCAGUAAAAGAAGUCCCUGGAGGCAUUGCUAGUCAUUUUCCUUCGCAUAUUGUCAAAUUCAAACCCGCCAAUACUAUGAAUAUCACUGGAUUUGAACCUACUUCUUUCAUCAAAAAGCACUACACUACCUUUCAAGCAACAAAGACAACUUUACAAGGAAAAAAUGCUCUUAUGGAUACAGGCGUUACAGACGACAUUCAUCAAGAUGACCUAUCUACAGAGUCAAUCAGAAAUAUCGAAAUUGGCCAAGAAUUCAAAGCUGUUGCUGGUUUCUUUAAUCCUUCAUUUGUCAGUUACCUAAAUCAAUUGGAAGAUAUUGAAUACGUUGAGCCCAAUCAAAUCUACAAAGCUGCCAUUCAGCCUAUCGUUUCUUCUCCUCAACCUUAUUCAGCAAGCAAUGUCCCUCUUCAAAGAUCUAAAAAGCAUCGUUACAAACAACGUACCUCUAAACAAAAACGCGGUAUAAUGACUCAAGAAAACGUACCAAGCUGGGGAAUUGCUAGAAUCAAUCGUAGAGAGCUCAGUGAUCUUACUACUUAUUCUGCGGACGAUGCUGCAGGUGCUGGUGUUCAUGUCUAUAUUUUCGAUUCGGGCAUUAAUGCAGAUCAUCCAGAUUUUGGUGGCCGCGCAAACAUGGAAGCUAGCUUUAUAGACUAUGAAGACGACACAGAUCAUGCAGGUCAUGGAACGCAUGUCGCUGGUACCAUUGGUGGAAACUCAUUUGGUGUUGCAAAAAACACAAUACUUCAUGGUAUCAAGAUUCUCGAUCGUAACGGUGAUGGAGCAACAUCUGCAUUAAUUCAAGCCAUUUCUUAUGUAGCUCAAAUUGCUCCUCCGGGUAAUAGCAUUAUCAACCUCUCUUUGACAGGUCCUCGCUCUCAAACAAUUGACGAUGCACUCUCUACUGUCGUUCAAGAAUAUGGUAUUCCUGUCUUUGUCUCUGCUGGUAACUCUGGUGACGAUUCUUGCAAAUAUUCGCCUUCUGCUAAUGCUGAUGUGUUUGCUGUUGGUGCUUCUGAUGAAAAUGAUAUGAUUCCUAGUUUUUCUUCUUAUGGUGAUUGCGUCAAUGUAUAUGCCCUGGUACAAACAUCACAAGUAGCUGGCUUGGUGGAGAAAGCCAAACUAUGGAUGGAACAAGUUUAUGCUAACUUUUUUUCUGAAAAAAAACAAAGUAUGGCCAACCCACAUGUUACUGGGAUUGCUGCCAUGUUACUUGGUGAAUAUCAGUUCAACUCUGUGCAUGAAUUAUAUGAUAAGAUUAAGUCCAUGGCUACUCAGAAUGUCUUAAGAUUUGAAGCAAAUGAGGGUGAUGAUUACGAAAGAUUGCUUGCUUACAAUGGCCUUGAGUAG